AGACUCUGCACACGACCACCAUCUUCCAGACAUGCAUUUCUUCUCGCAGAACCACACUUACGAUCACCCAUGGUCCCAUGUCAUUAUCGGCAUGUGGCACAAAUACCCGAACCCUCACUGCACGCAUGUCAUCACGGUAGAUGUCGUCGACCGCUCCGUCGACCCACAGACGGGCGUCAUACGCACAGAGCGGAUACUGGGCUGCAAGCAAAAGGCGCCCACAUGGGUCGUCAAGCUCUUUGGCGGCUCAGAAGAUGCCUUUGUGCGGGAAAUAUCAUUCGUAGACCCAUCGACGCAACGCGCCACGAUAUCCUCCCAAAACCUCUCCUUGUCCCAGUUCGCGAGCUGCUUCGAGCAGAUAUCCUACACGCCCGCAUCGGCAACCCAGACGUCGUUCGUGCAGACCGCAGAGAUACAGGCCCGCAUGAACAUGUGGCGGACAGCCGCAGACAAGUUUGAGGGCUGGCUGGUGCAGCGCUUUGAGCAAAACGCUCACCUCGGCAAGGUGGGCUUCGCGGACGUCCUCCGGACGAUGUGGGAAAAUAAGAGCCCACAGAACGCAUAGACGACAUAGACUUUCAUCCUCGGCUUUUGUUUCAUUGCUCGUCUUUUCCUUGUUCAUCCUGCAUUUUAGAUGGGUUAUUUGGAGUUACCCCCCUAGACUACUUAAAGCUUCGUUUUAUCAUCGUUAUCCUCAUGACAUUCUAUCAUACGCAUCAUGUACUUAUUAUCACAAUCAUUGCAUCGAAGCCCC